AUGUCAAAGAAGAGUUAUGCGAUGCCAUUGAUCGCAUCACCCGCGAGGGGGACUCCGCCGUCUUCGGGACGUGCCCGAAUCCCGUCAAUCCCGGCCUGCGUGUUUCAACACCCCAAUGUGCACCCUACCCGACCCCUAUGCGCACGUGACCCAGCGCCGCUGUGGCUGAGUUCGGCUCAGGCGGCUCAGCUUCGGCUCAGCUCCCCUCAGGCCCGGCUCAGCUUCGGCUUAGUUCUCCUCAGAGUUUUAGCAAAGGGCCUUAAAUCUAUCCCCGGGUUAUAAAUUAGAGCCCUAUACUGUUUUAUAUACUUUAUAAGCUUAAGCU